AUGAUAAAUAAUAGAAUAAUGUCAAAAUACUCUAACAAUUUUAUAGCAUCUAAUAGCCAAGGCAGAGCAGAAAAAUCGCUUAAACAAGAAAGAGAUAACCUAACUUGCCUCUUCUGCAAAAGCCAGCCUGGAAAGUAUUUUGAUGUCUCGACUUUUAUGGCCUAUUGCAUUACCUGUUCUUCCCAACUUAAUACUUCAGGUUUUAUAGACUUAGAAAGUAAAGCUUUGAAUAAUAUAAUUUACGAAGCAAUUCUUCCUUUAUUUAACUCGCAAAAAAAAUCUUUAUGCCCAGAGAGAAGAAAGUGAAUUAUGCACACUUUAUCAAAAACAAAUAAAGAAAUGCUAGAUGUUUAUCAUUGGUUGAACACUUAUGCAUCAAGCACUCUGAAAUGCGUCAAUCAUCCUUGAAUUGAUGCAGAAACUAUAGAUUUAGGGAAAAUGGCCCUUUUUUGUACCUUCUGUUCAAAAGAUUAUCCAGAUCUUUUGCCAAUUUCCGAAAAUUUUAAAAUAGAAGUUCAAAAGGCCGCUAUUCAAGUUAUUGGGACUUCCGACAUUGGAAUCCUAAAUAAAUUUAUCUUGAGAUUCAUGAAAACCAGAGAAAUAGAAAAUCUUAAUAGUUUGAUUAUAGAAGUUCGGGACAUUAUUUACAAUACAUCAGAAAUAAAAAUAUCUGCAGACUCCAGGUGCCAAAACUGCUUGAAAAAAUUAGGGUUUGGAAAUAGAACACCAAUAAGGCUGCCGUGCGAAAAUGUAAUGCAUGUUAUUUGCUAUGAAUGUCUUAAAGAAUCAUCUUUUCAAUGUUGCUCAUUGGAUUCCCAAAUAUAUAAAUCAGGCUUUAUAUUUGAGCAUUUUCCUCAAAAAUAUGAUUUUCCCUUAUGCUGCAAAGGAAGCUGCUUUUUCAAUACACAAGACAAGAAACCCUAUAAACUCCCAUGUUAUCAUUAUAUAUGUCUUGAGUGCAAGAAUUCUGCAGAAAACCCAUACGACUUUCAAUGCCAUAAAUGCUAUUUUCGAACUGAUCUUAAUAAUGCCAAAUUAGAUUGAAAACUGAUUAAUAAUUUGACCUUUAUAGAAGUCAAUUGUGAAGACCACAACGAGCAAGCUGUUACAUUUUCUUCUUAUGGGGUAAAAUUUUUUUGUGAGAACUGCGCAAGAAAGGUCAACAGACUACCUUGUAAAGCUACGAGAUCAUUAAAAGUAAUUGAAGAUGUUCUAGAAUGUGCAUUUUCUUGCAUUUACGAAAAAUUGCCUGUAUUCACCAAUACAUAUCUUGUAGCUUUAAAAAAUAAAAUGAAUGAUUUCAAGGUGCUUUCUUUUCAAGAGAAAAUUAAGACACUAGCACUUAUGUCUUUAUCAUCAAACAAUUUUUCAUUGAUUUUUGAUAUAAAGGAUUCCAUUGAGUCUUUAAGGCUUGGAAAAACCCGCUCAAGCUACUAUCUUAUUAAAAAGACAUUUGAGAGGUUUAAAGAAAUUUAUCCUUUGUAUUGGCCUUCUUUAAAAUCGUGGGUAGUUGAAGAAAAUCAAGCCAACGCUAUUACACUUAAAUCAUCAAAAUAUGCAAUUUUAUAUGGAUUAUUAAUAGGAGGUAGAAGUGACUCCUCUGAAACUUAUAUAAAGCAGAUUAGCAUUACGAAAUCGAAGAAAACAACAACUGGGCUGAUCUUUUUGUUUGAGUUUUUGGAAAAAAUCCGUAAUAAAGUAAAUGAAGUUAGUUUUCCAAAUGAAAUUUUAAUGGAACCAAAUGUUGAUUAUACAAUAUCUGUUGUGCUCACUCCUGGAAAAUACUUCAAUGGUAAGCCAGCAUCUUUGGAUUAUCUAGUUGAUGAAAAAAAUAGGAUAUUGUUUGAAGUCGGCGAACCUACGUAUGAAAUGCCUUUUAGAUAUGGAGGGAAUAACAGGAUUGGAGGACCAAUUUUAGGAUUUAUUUACGCAACCUUUGAAUAG